AUGGAGUCAUCCGGAAUGAAUCGAACUAGGAGUUUCCAGAACUGUAGGGAGACAGAAAUUCCAGGGUACAAUGAUUGUCCUAGUUUCAUUUAUCCGGGCGCUGCCAGUAUAGCACCAAAGAGAAUUGUGUCCCAAAGUGUGGACACCUCAGGGAAUACAAGGAUGGCAACAGUACCACCUCCAAGUAUGAAGCGUAAAGUUAGUGAAAAACUAAGAAGUACAGAAAGUCUCGACACUUCCAUCGUAGCGUUGAGCAAACAGGAAUUGUCUGAUAAAUAUCAAUGGAUCACAUCGUUACCGAGUAACUUACAAGAUAAGGAAUUUUCCUUUUAUAAAACUAAGGUGGAUAAGGUUCUAGAAAAUGUAUUGGAAAACGAGGGCACAAGAUAUGCGUUGAGUGAAAUAUUCGCCAACUUGAACGAUUCAAAACGGGUUACAGAUUUAAUUACAAAAUGGAUGCUGUCGGAUAUGUCGGUGAAUUCGUGGUGUCCUUCUUUCCGUAAAUUGAUCGAAAAUGCACAGAUAUGA